CACCCGUCAAAUUUCAGUUUGUUUUUGCUGCUUCCCAUUAAUUCCGUUGCAGUUGGCGCUGUCUCCUAACGAUCUCUGAAUUUCUGGCCCUGGAAUCGCUUCCAUGGAAGAAGCUCUGGAACUGGCACGGUCUAAGGACUCCAAGGACCGAGCAGCUGGAACGGAGCGUCUGCAUUCGCUCCUCGAGUCCUCAGGCAAGCCAUUGUCUGCUGCCGAGGUGGCUUCUCUGGUAACCACGUGCAUCGACCUGCUCAAUGACACCACUAACCCCAGAGCGUCUUUAGGGGCUUUCCAGUGCCUCGCAUCUACAGCCGUGCUCUCUCCCGACCGCUUGAGGGUCCACUUCGAUGCGGUUUUGCCUGCUGUUGUGGAGCGCCUUGGGGACGAGAAACUGCCUCUGCGUGAUGCGGCAAGAGGACUGUUGUUGACUCUCAUGGAGGUUUCUUCUCCAACCAUAAUUAUUGAAAGAGCUGGGUCUGCUGCUUGGAUGCAUGCUAUCACAAGAGUCCGAGAAGAGUUUGUGCGGAUUGUAACUGCAGCAGUCACUGUUUUUGCAUCUGCAGAACAACUUACUCUUCUGAGGGUUGUUCUUCCUCAUAUUUUACGGAUGUUGAAUGACUCAACCCUGAGCAUUAAGGAAGCAGCAAUGUUGUGUGUUGAGGAAAUGUAUAUGCAGUUUGGAUCUCAAUUUCGUGAUGAACUGCAGAACCACUCUCUUCCUUCAUCAUUGGUUGGAGAUAUCAAUAUUAGGCUGGAGAAGAUAGAACCAAAAGUUUGUGGUUCAGAUGCAACUGUUAGGUGUACUUAUCAAGGUGAAAUUAAACCUGCCAACAUUAAUGAGAUGAAGAGUGGUCCCAAGACAAGUAAUUCUGCUUGUCAGAUGCCAGUUUCUGGAGGAGGAGUUGACCUGAAAGACAAACCUAUUGAUCCAGUCACUGUCUACUCUGAUAAGAUCCACAGACGGCAAGCUUCUUCUUCACUUAGAGAAAGGGGUGUUCAAGUGUCCCAUAGGACUUCUCUAGCUCCCUCUUUUACAAAUCUACCAGGAGAUGAAGCUCCUGCCAGCAGAGCUGUACCAUUGGGCAGUUCCCUCUCAUCUGGUUUGCUUUCAUCAGAAGUAAAGUCACAUGUAAACGUUACUGAAAGAAGUGUUGAGAACAUGCAGCAUCCAAGUAGACAGAAAGUGACAGCCACUCAACGAACUCUCAGUAGUUUAGAUACAUCUCAUGAGAAACAUAAUUUUCAAAACCAGCGACUAACUAGCUUGGGUUUAGGACUUGAUCCUCCAUCAGCUCGUGAUCUUUCUCAUUCCCGUGCCUUUGCUGCAUCAGCUGUAGGGAAGCGAGCUUCUGAGGGAUUGGAAGGGGGUUUCAUGGAAGAGCACUCUGAUGAAAGGGUUGCUAGGAGGUCUUUAAGUAUGCAUACUGACAGACAGCAUAUGAACGCACCUUCUAAGGAUGCAAAUUUUAGGGAUGGCCAGGGCAAUAACAUUCCUCACUUCCAAAGGCCACUUCUAAGAAAGCAAAUUUCUAGUCAAGUCUCCACAAACAAUAGAAGCUUUUUUGAUGAUACUCAAAUAUUACUUGGUGAAAUGUCAAACAAUGUGGAUGGUCCAGCAUCACUUCAUGAUGCCCUAACUGAGGGUCUCAGUCCUAAUUGUGAGUGGUAUGUUAGAGUUGCUGCAUUUGACUAUGUCAAAAGUGUGCUACAGGAUGACCCAAAAGGAAGUCAAGAAAUUGUGCAGAAUUUUGAGAAAGUCAUGAAGCUGUUUUUCCAACACUUGGAUGAUCCCCACCAUAAAGUUGCACAGGCAGCUCUCUCAGCCCUUUUAGAGAUAAUUCCAGCUUGUAGAAAACCUUUUGAAAGUUACUUGGAUCGAAUCUUACACCAUAUCUUUUCAAGAUUAAUUGAUCCCAAGGAGUUGGUUCGGCAGCUUUCUUCGACAAUUUUGGAAGUUGUGAGCAAGGCCUAUAGCAUAGAUUCUCUUUUACCUGCUUUGCUCCGUGCAUUGGAUGAACAGAGGUCACCAAAGGUGAAACUGGCUGUGAUUGAAUAUGCUAUUAAUUCCUUAAAGAACAAUGCUACGUGUUCUGAAGGUGCUGGUAACUUUGGCAUUCUAAAGCGGUGGCUCGCUAAACUAAUACCUCUGGUCUAUGAGAAGAACACAAAACUGAAGGAAGCAGCCAUUUCUUGCAUCAUAUUCAUACACACUAACUAUGACUCUAGUGCUGUAUUGAACUAUAUUCUUUGCUUGUCUGUUCAAGAGCAAAAUUCUUUAAGGCGAGCUCUUAGACAGCGAAGCCCUCGAAUUGAAAUGGAUUUCAUGAACUUUCUGCAGAAUAAGAGAGAAAGGCAACGUCCUAGAAAUAUUUCUGACCAAUUUGAUCUUGGAAUCUCUACUGAGGGUGGAUGUCAGGGAACACACCGGAAAAAUAUCAAUUUCGGAAGGUAUUAUCCUGGUUGUAUGGAUAUUGAUUGUGGAAGUGUUGGAUUGAAUCAUCAAACAGUUACUAAUGAGGCUCAGGAACAUUUGAAUCAGAAUGUUGAAUAUAACUGUAAAAAUAUUCUUAAUUCCAAAGAUUUGACUUGUAAUUUUACUACUGCUGAUGAAAAUGUGGAAUCCUGUAUGAGAAGCCCUGGUGAUAUUGAACAAGGAAAAAUGGACAACCCUUCUAGUUUGGAUAACAAGUUAAUGAGCAGUUCUCAUGAUCUCAGUGCUGGUGGUUCUAAUGCUGGCGCUGAAGCAGUUGCUACCAAUUGUGGUCAUGAAAACUCUAUAAAUGCUAAAUUUGGCUUCUCUAUGAAUCCUCGAAUCAUUAUUCCUCAAAUAAUUUACCAGAUUUCUAAUGGGAAUGAGAGUUCAAAUCUUAGAAAGCAAGCACUUCAGCAGCUGAUAGAAGCUUCCAUUACCAGUAAUAAUUCAGUUUGGAACAAGUAUUUCAAUCAGAUUCUGAAAGUUGUGCUUGAGGCUCUGGAUGAUUCUGAUUCUUCAAUCAGGGAGGCCACUUUGCAGUUGUUAGCUCAAAUGGUGGACAAUCAGAAAAAUCUGAUGGAAGAUUCUAUUGAAGUUGUUAUAGAAAAGUUGUUGCAUGUUACAAAUGACAAAAUUUCUGAGGUCUCAAACGAAGCAGAGAAAUGCUUAUCUAUUGUUUUAACUGAAUAUGAUCCAUUCAGUUGUCUCAAUGCUAUUGUAGCCAUGUUAAUCACAGACGAUGAGAGUGCCCUUCUUACUUGCAUCCACUCAUUAACAAAGCUCGUGGGUCGACUUUCUCAAGUGGAACUACUGGAUCAGUUGCCUUCAUUUUUACCCCUGCUUUUUGAUGCAUUUGGCAAUCAGAGUGCUCAUGUUCGCAAGACUGUUGUUUUUUGCCUGGUAGACAUCUAUGUCAAACUUGGGAAAGCAUUCCUGCCAUACUUGGAAGACCUUAAUAGCACACAGUUGCGGUUGGUGACUCUUUAUGCUAACAGAGUUGCGCAGGCAAGAAAAGGAACCAACUUUGAUGCCACCCACGGCACACUCUUGGAAACUGCAUAGUCAAGUUUGGCUAAACUGCUUAUCUAACUCGCAUGUUUGUGCUUUUUUUUUUCUUCACCUUAGUUAAGUAACAUGUUUUGUGCCUUCAGAAAAAGAAAAAGCCAACAAAAUUCUUCAGGCCAUGCCUGCCUAUGAAGGAGGAACAUGUAAACUGAAAGAGAGAGAAAUCAUGAGUCCUUGAAAAGUCUUAGAAUUCAAAGGAACAAUGGGAACUCUUGUAGUUGAAUUCCUCAUCAUAUCUACAAGUUGUAUUUUUUAAUAUUUUUUGCUCGGCAAUUUUGACCAGCU